AUGUGCCUGUACGAUCACAUACAUGAAGGUGGCCUGGCUUCUUAUGCUUCAGUCUGCAAAGAAUGGAUGGACGUCAUCGAGAAGACGAACUUCAGUCGACUGAGACUGCGGCCAUCCUGCCUGGAUGACUUGAAACACAUGGUCAGUCGACGGAAGAGGCUUGUGAGGCACAUCUGGCUGAACAUAGAGCUCCGAUCAUACACCUGUCGCAGUUGCCAAUGGCCCGAGUCGGCAUCGUGGAGUUCAAGCAAUAACUCCAUCAUCACCACCUGGGACGCAACCGGCGAUGGUCUGACUUUGGAGCUUAGCACACAUUCCCCUAGCGAUGCGGAACACUGGUUCAAGGGCAGUUAUUUCGGAACCGAGGAUGAAGAUGGAAAUGUCAUUUUUGAAUCGGAAAACCAAGCGCAGGAGCGUAUACACGAUCCAAGACAUGGCUGGGUCGACGGCCAACAGGUCGCCUCUCCUACCCAAUUAGCUGUGCAACGACUUUACGGGUGGGUUUGGUUGAGUUUCAAAGAAGAACUCCCUAUACUUCACGUCGUCACGAAGCUUGCGCAUUUACCAAAAGCGCUCAAGAGACUGUCAAUCUUCGAAGAUUACAACGACGGCUUUAUCAAGCUCUUCCAAGGAGCGUCGAUUCUUCAGGCCGACCCUAUCCGGAUCGCGAAUCCUACGGUCAGUGCGGCUUUUGCAUAUAGAAGCCUCGACCUCGAACAAAUUUCUGUCUCAUUCAUGGUCGAUGCUCAGCAUUUUUUCCAAGCGCGUCAGCCACUAUGGCGUUGGAACCGCCUGCGAUCCCUGGUCCUCACGUCGCGAACACUCACUCCAACGGUAGACUGGAGGGACGUUUGCGACCUCUUGAAAGAUGCUGGGGUAGCUGCACUUUACAUGCCAAAGCUGCAGACGAUGGUCUUAUGGAACGGUGGGAAGGGAGAAGCAUGCGCAUUUAUAUACCGCCGUGAUAUUGAGAAGCCUUCGAUUAUCUGGCGUAGUACAUGGGUCAUGAACCUGGGUGAACCGCUGUGUCGCUGUAUCAUCGGCUCCCACGGCGACGCUAUUUCUCAGUUGGGCUUGCCCCAUGAAGUGAUUGAUCCUGUAUCGUUAUGGCAGAUACGGAAGGAAGGAUCUAUGGGCCGGAGCAGAACUGUACCAUAA